AAACACGCAGCGACCGUUGGAGAGGAGAAAUAAUUAAUUAAAGAAAAAAUAGACCAUACAUUUUACAUAAAAUAUUAAACACAAAGGUUCACCGGAGAACGACGUCAAAAAGGAAGGACGAAGACAAAUGCGUACAAUAGAGGAGUAUAUACAAAAAAAUCACGACUGAAAAAAACAUUGCUUGCUAUCUUCAGAAAGAAGGAGUUUGGAGGGAAGAAACCGGUAGAAGAAAAAGUUGAUACCCGUGACCUGAAGGGGUACCUGUUAGGGCCUGGUGAAACGGCAUUCUGUCAGAGAGGAAGAGCAGGAGAGAGGGAGGGAGACACUUGCCUCUGCUCGAGACACCUGUUCCUUCAGCUUUCCUUUUUUUUGUUUAAUGCGUUUAUUUGUUGAUAUUAUUUAUGUGUUAUUGUCAUUACAUCUUUGUUGCAGUUGGUGAACUUUAGUUUUUUUUUUUUUCUCUCCAGAUAUAUUACUUUUGUUUGUUUGUUUUUUGCAGUUUUUUUUUUUUGUUUGUUUGUUUUGUUGGUUUUUGUUUUUUUUGGCUGUGAGCAGUAUCCCCCUGCUGUUUCCUGUGUUACCCCUCACCCUCCAAUCAGGCAGCUAUUCUCGUUCGGUCGGGGGAGUUCUGCGAUCAGCAGAUAGAGCACCACUCAGCCUUGUCACCCAAGCCUAACCCGGACUCACCCACUCCUAGCCCAGUCCAGCCCGGUCCAGCCUGCUCCACUCCUCUGGACAGGAAACUCUGCCCCUUGUGGUCGUGAGGAAUAUGACUGCUGAGACUCUAAACUUCGGCCCAGAAUGGCUUCGUGCACUAUCCAGUGGGGGGAGUGUGACCUCACCGCCCCCCUCCCCCGCCAUGCCAAAGUACAAGCUGGCCGAGUACCGCUACGGCAGAGAGGAGAUGUUAGCACUUUAUGUCAAAGACAACAAGGUCCCAGAAGACAUGCAGGAUAAGGAGUUCUCCGCUAUCCUGCAGGAUGAGCCCCUUCAGCCACUGGCCCUCGUGCCUCUAACUGAGGAGGAGCAGAGGAACUUCUCCAUGUCCGUGAAUAGUGUGGCAGUGCUGAGGCUGAUGGGAAAAGGGGGCGGGGCCAUCCCUGCGGGCGUGGCCAGGGGCCGAGGCAGCACAAGAGGUGGCAGAGGGCGUGGAAGGGGCGAGGGUGGAUUCUACCAAAGAAGUAUUGAGGAUGGAGAGGUCGGCUUCGGCCGGAGUAGCAGAGAGAUCCACCGCAGCCAAAGCUGGGACGACAGAGGGGAGCGGCGGUUCGAGAAGCCCCUUCGGCGGGACGGCGUGCGCGUGGGGUUCGAGGAGGCCGGGCCGGCCGUGCGGAAGGACUACACACGCUCGGACAGCGAGAACUGGAGGACCCUGCGGGAGGAGCACGAGGAGGAGGAGGCAGCGGGGGCCGAGCCGGGGGGCAGCUGGAGGCUGCCGGGGGUGCGCAGGGACGACGGCGGCCCUCGAUCGGCGGGCUGGCGGGAGCACGGCGCCGCGGGGGAGGGGGGGCGGCGCAGGAAGUUUGAGUUUGACUUCCGGGAGCACCCUGAGGGCGGCCGGCGGAGGGCCGGGAGCGAGGGCCUGGAGGACGAGCGGGACGGCCUGCCUGAGUGGUGCACCGACGAGGAGGACGGGGAGAUGGGCACCUUCGACUCCUCUGGAGCCUUCCUGCCCAUCAAGAAGGGCUCCAAGGACCCUAUUCCAGAGGAACUGGACUUCCAGGGUCUUGAGGAGGAAGAGGAGGAGACCAGUCCGAUCCAGGAGAGGAAGGACAGUGGUGGAGAGAGAGAACUUAAAGAGGCAGCUGUCGGUGUUGAGAGGGAGGUGAAAUCUGUGUCCCCCCCUUGUCCUCCUGCCCUGUCGGCCCCCCCAUCCAUGGUGAUCGAGCCCCAGACCGCCCCCUGUGAACCAGAGCUACUACCCCCGCCGCCUGCCACCCACCCCCCCAAGGCCAGCAAGAUGUCCAACGAAGAGGGUGCACCAGCAGGGGGCACCACUCAACUGAGCCCCGGCGCUUCCUCGAGCCUGUCUUCAUCCCCUCCUUCCUCAUCUGCUGCUAUUGACCUCCCACCGCCAGGGGGCGACGCUGAGGAUGAUGAGGGCAUGAAGCACCUGCAACAGGAAGCGGAGAAGAUGGUGGCGUCCCUGCAGGACACGUCUCUGGAGGAGGAGUGCUUCACUCAGACGCUGCAGGAGAGCCGCAACACGGCUGCAGCCCUGCCUCUCUCCCACGAGGCUGCCAUGAAGUGGUUCUACAAGGACCCGCAGGGCGAGAUACAGGGGCCCUUCACCACUCUGGAGAUGUCCGAGUGGUUCCAGGCGGGGUACUUCACUAUGACCCUGCUGGUGAAGAGGGGGUGCGAUGAGGGCUUCCAGCCCCUGGGCGACGUCAUCAAGAUGUGGGGUCGCGUGCCUUUCGCCCCGGGGCCCUCCCCGCCCCCCCUGCUGGUGAGACAACCCCCACGCCCCCUGCAGGCCCGGGGGCCCUCUGGUAACAUGGACCAGGAGAGGCUGAAGAAGCAGCAGGAGCUGGUGGCCGCAGCCGCUCUCUACCAGCAACUCCAGCAGCAGCAGCUUUUCCAGCUCAUCAACAGGUGUGGAGAGCAGAGCAUGAUGCCUUCGAUGAACAGGUCGAUGUCAGUGCCAGAUACAGGGUCCAUGUGGGACAUGCAUACCUCAGCUUCACAGCAACAAGGCGGUGAAGCCACUUUAUGGGACUUAACAAUGAAUUCUUCAACUCAGGGUCCAACUCUCGAACAGCUUCAGAAGCUCCAGCAGGAGAGGCGCGAUGCUGAACUCAGGGCGAAGCGGGAGGAGGAGGAGCAGAGGAAGCGCAGAGAGGAGAAGAGGAGGCAGCAGGAGGAGCAGAAGAGACGCGAGGAGGAGGAGCUCUUCCGCCGCAAGCAGUGUCGGCAGCAGCAGGAGCUGAUAAUGAAGCUCCUCCAGCAGAGCCAGCAGCAGGCCGCUGCCCAGUCCGGCCCGGGCUGGAGCGGGCCUCCCGCGCCCCAGCUGCCCAAGUCCUCCAAGAGCCUGCUGGAGCUGCAGCAGGAGGCUGAGAGGCAGCUCCACAAGCAGCAGCAGCAGAGGGCCCAGCACCAGCAGAGGGACCGCGUGCACGGGGGCCUGUCGAUGGGCAGCUCCUCCGGGUCCUCCCUGGGGGUGCAGUGGGGCGAGGGCGCGGGCGGCCUGUGGGGCGGCUCUGGCAUGGAGGGGAAGAGCGGGGGAGGCAGCGGAUCCGGCAUGGGCAUGUGGGACGAGGCGGUGAAGAACCAGGCCGGCAUCCGCGGCAUGGGCCUGAAGAACAGCCGGAGCAGCCCGUCUCUCAGCGAGCAGUACAUGCUGAACAGACGGAAGCGCACUGAGGAGGAGGAGAAGCUGCUGAAACUGCUGCAGGGCAUGAAGCCGCAGGAUGGGUUCACCACCUGGUGUGAGCAGAUGCUGCACGCGCUCAACACCUCCGCCAACAACUCGUCCUCCUCCCUCCACGUGGCCACCAUCGUGGCGUACCUGAAGGAGGUGGAGUCCCCCUACGAGGUCCUGGACUUCAUCCGCUCCUACCUGGGGGACACCGUGGAAGCCAAAGAGUUUGCCAAACAGUUCCUGGAGCGCCGUGCCAAACAGAAGGCCAACCACCAGAGACAGCAGCAGCAACAGCAGCAGCAGCUAUCGAAAGACAUCGCUGGGUUGACCAUGAACUUCCCGCUCCAGGACUCCAUGCGGGGGGUGAACCCCAGCACUCUGCAGUCAGUGUUCCAGGCGGCCCACGCGGGGAAGGGUGGGGUUUACGACACCCAGGCGGGGAAGCUGAAGAAGAAGCCCCCCAUGAUGCUGCACUCCGACCCCAGCAUCUUAGGUUAUUCCUUCCACAGCGCUGGGGACAGACUGAGCCUGAAUGAGAUGGAGGUGGCGGAGGAUUACUGAUCCACAGCAAUAACUACCUGAGGCCUUUGUCUAAUAAUCAGAUCUUCUGAUGAGGAAUGUGCACU